CGGCGAUUUUCCGGCUUUUUGCCGGCAACGGGGAGGUGACCCGGCGAGAGGACGAGGCGAGGGGCCAGCAGUGUGCUGGCGGUCUGUGUGGGUGUCGUUGCUGUCCAAGAAGAAGAUGAGCCUGAUCAGAGCAGGAGAGAGCAGCAGAAGCACAGGAGGUCGGGAGAGGUAAAGAAGAAAGCAUUGGCACCAAAGAAAACACACAGCAACGAUGACCUACUCCACCAGACAAGUCGGCGCACUCAACACCUUGGACUACAAGGUCUACCUCGAGAAGGACGGCAAGCCAGUCUCGCCAUUCCACGACAUCCCAUUGUAUGCAGAUGAGUCGAAGAAGAUCUUGAACAUGGUUGUGGAGGUGCCAAGAUGGACCAACGCAAAGUUGGAGAUCACAAAGGAGCAGACCUUGAACCCAAUCAUCCAGGACACCAAGAAGGGCAAGUUGAGAUUUGUGAGAAACUGCUUCCCACACAAGGGGUACAUCCACAACUACGGUGCGUUCCCACAGACCUGGGAGGACCCAAACGAGGUGAACCCAGAGACCAACGCGGCCGGAGACAACGAUCCUUUGGACGUGUGUGAGAUCGGUGAAAACGUCGCCUACCCAGGUGAGGUGAAGCAGGUCAAGGUCUUGGGUGUCAUGGCCUUGCUCGACGAGGGCGAGACGGACUGGAAGAUCAUCGCCGUCGACGUCAACGACCCAUUGGCAGCCAAGUUGGAUGACGUCGAGGACGUCGAGAAGCACUUGCCAGGCCUGUUGAGAGCCACCAACGAGUGGUUCAGAAUCUACAAGAUUCCAGACGGCAAGCCUGAAAACGUCUUUGCCUUCAACGGCGAGUGCAAGAACAAGAAGUACGCCGAGGAGGUCAUUGCCGAGUGCAAUGCGUCCUGGAAGAAGUUGAUCAAGCACGACGUCAAGGACACCCAGGGAUGUGUCUUGACCAACACCACUCUGGCCGACACCCCAGGCUACGAGCCAUCUGCCAAGGUUCCUGCAGCCCACCCUCUCCCAGACGCCCCUAUCGACAAGUCUGUCGACAAGUGGUUCUUCAUCUCCGGCUCUGCCUAGUCGCCUAGCUGCAUGCGUCAUGCGUUCAUGUUUAUGAUCUUUUAUAUCAUUUUUAGUGACUACUAAUAUUUAUGAAGACAAGCCUACACAGCCUGCCCAGCCUUUACAGCCUCCGCCUUUCUGGCGUUUCCGACAAACGCCUCAAUCUUAGCCAUGUCUUUGUGGCCCUCCGUUUCAACGCCCCCACUGACGUCGACCCCGUAGCAGCCUCCCACAGCCAGAGCCGCCCCGACGUUCUCCGGCGUGAGCCCCCCAGCGAGAAUGUACCGGCCAUUCAAAUCGCCCCCAAACCUGGCGGCGUCCCGCCAGUCCACCAACUUUCCCUCUCCACCCUGCUCGGA